AUGAGGAUAUUCAGGCUUCAGAAGAGGCUCACCACGAGUGCCCUCCACGGUAGCAAGAAGGUCUGGCUUGACCCCAGUGAGACCAGCGAAAUCAUCAACGCCAACUCCCAUCAGCAGAUCCGGAAGCUGAUCAAAGUUGGGCUGAUCAUCCACGAGCCUGUGACUGUCCAUUCUCGGGCUGGAUGCCAGAAAAGCACCUUAGCCCGCCAGAAGGGCAGGCACACGGGCACAGGUUAGCUCAAGGGUACAGCCAAUGCCCAAAUGCCAGAGAAGAUCACUUGGAUGAGGAGAAUGAGGAUUCUGCACCAGUUGCUUGGAAGAUAUUGUGAAUCGAAGAAGAUUGCUCACCACAUGUAUUACAGCCUGUACCUGAAGGUGCAGGGGAAUGUGUUCACAAACAAGCAGAUUCUCACGGAACACAAUCACAAGCUGAAGGCAGGCAAGGCCCACAAGAAGCUCCUGGCUGACCAGGCUGAGGCCCGCAGCUUUAAGACCAAGGAAGCAUGCAAGCUCGGUGAAGAGCGCCUCCAGGCCAAGAAGAAGGAGAUCAUCAAGACUUUGUCCAAGGAGGAAGAGACCAAGGUUAGCAGUUGUCGAAGCAUGAUUUUGAAGCCAGAUCUUAGAGUGUCUUUGUUGUCAGGUUAUCAGUGCUUUGUUGGCUGCAUUUCCCCUGCCUCAUACCUGAGCUUUUUCCUGCUGAGCUUCAUGCACAAGGACCUUCCAUUUGAUCUUCAUGGUUCUUCCAGUUGCCAGUGUGAAUAG